AAAGUUGAAGUGAACAGUCCCAUACAGGAGAGACAGACACAGGCAGCACCAGGGACUCCUUUCCUUGCACCUUCCCAUUGCCUCUUUGACUCAACUCCUAUUAAACACAGCGCUGCUCAUUCAUUGUCAGCACUGACAUCUGUAUCAUGGGGUCUGUCAUCCUACACAUCGUUGUGACUCUCUGGGUGGCACAAGGCAUCAGCGGUCAGUUUAGGAGAAGCAGUGAUGGGAAUGGCCAGUGCACUUACUCCUUCACUGUGCCCAGCGCUACACACAGCACUUGCACCGAGCCAGCCCAAGCCAAGGCUGCUGUCCAGGAGCUGCAGAGAGAAGCCUCAGUCCGGCACAAGGAGAUGGAGGCUCUACACACCAGGCUUAGCUUACUAGAGAACCUACUCAAUCAAUUGCUAGGGGGAGAGGGGCCGCUGAAACCAAGUCUAGGGUCACAAGCUGGUCCAGAUCUUCAGCUGGAGGUGCAAAGGCUGAAGAUGGAAAAAGAUGAAUGGGAAGGGCAGAGAGGCAGUCUGGAGAUGGCUUAUGCUGAUCUACUCAAAGAGAAGGAUUCUUUGCAAGAGGAAAAGCAGCAGCUGAGCCAGAGACUGGAGAGAGUCCUUCAGGGACAGUGCCCUCAGCUUCCAGGCAGCUCUAGAACACAGGUUCCAGGCAGCUCUAGGACACAGAUUGGGGACAGCUCUAGGACACAGGUUGGGGGCAGCUCUAGAACUCGGGUUCCAGACACUUCUAAGGCAAAGGACCAGCAAGCGCCUUCUAGGCAAGUGUCCAGAUGGGGUGCUGAUCCGGUGGGAUACCAGGAACUAAAGUCAGAGUUAACAGCACUUCCAGCAUCUCGCAUGAUACCAGAAACCCAUUUGGCAAACCACAGUUCGGAAACGACAAGAGCUGAUGGAACUUGUGGUGACUUGACCUGGAUUGGGGAACCAACAUCUUAUCGGAAAGCUGAUAAUAUUGCUGGAAAGUACGGAGUAUGGAUGAGAGAUCCAAAGCCAUUGGCUCCAUAUACACUGGACACUGUCUGGAGGGUGAACACUGUAGGGGCAGAUAUCCGUCAGGUUUUUGAAUAUGAAAAUCUUGAUGAAUUAAUCAAGGGCUACCCAGGCAAGGUUUAUGUUCUUCCUCGUUCAAUGGAGAGCAAUGGAGCUGUUGUCUACAAGGGUUCUCUAUACUAUCCACGCCGAAAAUCUAGAAUAAUUGUAAAGUAUGGUUUUCAGACAGAGUCUGUUGUUGUGCAGAAGGAGCUUCCUAAUGCAGGGUACCAUGGCCAAUACCCUUAUUCUUGGGGUGGCUACACUGACAUUGACUUUGCUGUUGAUGAGGUUGGUCUGUGGGCAAUCUAUAGCACAGAAAAGGCUAAAGGCUCCAUAGUUUUAUCUCUACUAGACUCUGAAUCUCUUGAGGUGAAACAGAGCUGGGAAACCCAAAUUCGCAAGCAAUCAGUGGCUAAUGCAUUUAUGAUCUGCGGCACCCUGUACACUGUUGGAAGCUAUUCCUCUUCUAGUACCACAGUCAACUUUGCUUUUGAUACCAGCACAGGGGUUCAGCGCCCAGUUGGUCUACCAUUUAAGAAUCAGUAUGGCUAUGCCAGCAUGAUUGAUUACAACCCAACAGAGAAGAAAAUAUAUGGUUGGGACAACUUCAACAUGGUGGCCUAUGAUGUGAGGUUGUCCAAAAUGUGAGUUCAGAUGGUCAGAUGGAAAGAGAAUAUUCUGUGAAAAGACAUGACAGAGAGGACUGCUAGAUAGCUUGGGGUAAAUACAGAGGGGUGGGUAAGCUUAGCUUAACUUUGAAGCCACAAACUAGAGAGGAACAACCGCUAAUGAAGCUUCCGACUAUUCUCUGUGCUUUGGCCACUUUAUGUGCAGAAACCCCAUCUUGUAGGGAUUAAGAGAAAUAAGAAAUGCUUAAUAUAGAUGCAUGUUGCAUUAUUAAUUUCCGAUCUGCUAAUGAGGCAAGGCAUACAGUAUGUGACACAUAAUGAUCAGCACAAUUGGACCUGCCUGACUUAAGCUUUGUUUUCUUUUCAUGUACAACAAUAAGUGUUACUAAGCAAGGAAAUUGUGUACGUAACAAAACUCAUAGAAAGAUCUACCUUAGUUUGAUUAACAGCCGUACUGUCCAUUCAAGCCAGAAUCCAAUGCAGCUACAGAGUGGUCCAAGGCAGACAGCGAGUCUGCUGUAUCUAUUGCAAUCAAUGCAUUUGUAAAAGGCAUCAGAUGUAUCAGAUGAAUUAGAAUGGAGAAUAAAAUCAUUAUUGCAGUAUGCACGGUUUUUACACGUAUGUAAUAUAACAGUUUUAUUCUCUGUACCUGGCAUUCCGGCUGCAAUGAAAUGUAUACAACAUAAAUUUAUCUUCCUCAGGUUUAUAUCUGUGCCUCUUAAGUAUUAUGGUAACAUAACACAUUUACUCUGCAGUUUUGUUUCCCGUAUGACAGCUUCAGUGUUCUGCCCCAUCUAAAGUAAGGAUCAUGUAAAAUAAUGGAGUCAUCUCUGGGCAAUCCAGCAAGAAGGGCUGCACAGGUUCCCUUGAUUUCAUUGCAAUCGGUUUAAUAUCACUGCAACCCAGCUAUUAUUGGAAGUGAUCCUGAUUUUUCAAGUGGUCUGGUAACAUUAAUCUGUAUGUUUAGUAGACCAGAGGCCUAUGGUCUGUUUAAAGAUAUGGAGUUCUCUCCAUCAAGCCUUUUAUAAAUAUGUGUUUAAAAAGUCACAAGGAGGAGGAGUACCUAGAGAUACCUAAUAUGUGGCCCAGGCUCCCCCUCUUUCAACUCCCAACAAUGAAAGUCUCCAACAGUGGGCACAUUUGCACAUGGGCAGUAAUACAUGGCAACCAAUCAAAUGUUUGCUUUCAUUGUUAAACCUGCAGGUGGUUAGUCACUAGUGAUGGGCGAAUUAAUUCGGCAGGUGCGGAUUUCCAUGAUUCAGCAAAUUUCCACGAUUCGGUGUCAACGUUUUUUUGACACCGUCUACAAUUCCAACGCCGGCGACAGUUCAGACGCUGGCGACAGUUCUGACAGUUUGAGAAGACAAUUUUGAUGCCUGCAAAUUGACGUCAGCUGCAAAAUUAGAUUUUCGCUAAUUUUUCACCUGUUUCACUAGUGACGGGCUAAUUUAUUCGGCAGGUGCGAGUUCACAGUAAAUUUCCACGUUUCGGCAUCAAAGUUUUUUUUGACACCGUCGACAAUUUUGAUGCCGGUGACAGUUCAGAUGCUGGCGACAGUUCUGACAGUUUUGAUGCCUGCGAAUUGACGUCAGCGGCAAAAUUUGCUUUUCGCUAUUUUUUCACCCGUUUUGCGAAUUAUGCAGCGAACCAAAACAGGACAAAUUUGCCCAUCACUAAUUGGAUGCUAUGGGUUACUGCCCAAGUGCAAAUUUGCCCACUGUUCAUAAUCACCCCCAAAUGUAUUGAACCCUAAUAUGUGCUUCAAAUAACCAAGUCAUCAUGCAGGAAUUUUAUAUUUUGUUUUCAGUAGUGUUGGUACAAACAAAACAUUACAUACCACCAAAAUCUAAUUUUUUUUAAUGCAAAUUAGCUUCUGCUUUUAGUCCAUUUCCAUAUCUAGCAUCCAGAUAGCAGUUGUCACCAUUCUCACUCAGUAAUUCAAACAAUGCUAUAAAUGUAGAUUGACCUGUAGAAAAAUGGUAGCUGCAACAAUGUUUAUACUGGUUCCACCUGCCAGCAUUGCCUAAAAGUAUGAGAUAAUAUUUAGCUGGAAGAUUUAGAAAUCUGUAAUACAUUAGUGCUUGAUGCACAGUCAUGAUAUUAAGGGGGUAAUAUGUUUUCAGAGGAGCAGUAACCCCUAGCAGGUAGUGUUCACCUGUCACCUGUUUAAAAGCAAACAUCUUAUUGGUUGCUAUGGGUUGCUGCUCCUGGGCAAACAUUGUGCAUUUUAUUACACAUGGGGUUAUGAGUAUACAGUGUGGAAUAGACGAAAAGUCUAUAAAUAGUUUUUUUUUUAAAUGUAAAAUGCAUACAUUGAGAAUGUGGGAUAGAGUCCAUGUAUUGGGUGAUAACUUCAAGAGAAAGUUUCAAAAUGCCUUAUUGAUAAUAUAAAGGAAAAUCUACAGAGUCCUUGUGUAUGUACUAGCCAUCAGUGCUUUCUGUUCUACAUAGAUUCUCAUCCCAUGUUAUAUUAAAGUGAUUAUAACAGCUUCAACUAACCUGGCCUGAAUUACUGUUGCUAUGCAAUGAUCAUGGAUGAAGACUGGGAAGGAUAUUUACAUGUUUACCUCUAACCCUUCUGGUGUAUUCAGGAAAAUAUAAUUGCAGAAUGUUAUUGAUGAUACUGGUUAAAAUACUCGGAUCCGUAACAUUGUAUAUUUCAUGACUCAGUUAAUAUUUGUAAUGUUUAUUUUUAAAGACAAUAAAAGUGUUUUUUGUAACCAU